GAGAGAGAGAGAGAGAGAAUGAGUAAAAACAAUAUGGUACGAUUCUCAACCCUAACCCUAGUUAUUGUUUUUCUUUCCUGUGUUGCAUCCUCCUAUGCAGCUAAUGUUGCAGAUCCACAAACCAUUUGCAAGAAAGCCAAAGAUCCAUCUUUUUGCUUGAAUUUUCUGAAAUCAAAGCCCGGUGGUGUUGGCAGAGAUCUCAACAGUUUGUUAAAGUACACCCUUGGUGUGCUUCGUACCGAUGUGUCCGGAACAAUCUCUUUAAUCACGAAACUAAUUGCACAAAGUGGCAAUGAUCUCGAGAAAAAAAACUAUUAUAAGAGUUGUUUGACUUUUUAUGCAGAGGAUGAAGGAGCUCUUGGUGAGAUUGAGGAAGCACAAGACCUCUUGAACCGUUCUGAUUACAAUGGUGUUAAUGUGCAUAUCAGUGGUGUCAUGAGCGAUGUUUAUAACUGCGGUACUGGUGAUGAACAUCCUUAUCAAGAUACCUCUUCGCUGCCAAAACAAGCCGAUGUUGUCAACAAUGUUGCUGAGAUUAUUCUUAUUAUCUCAAAUUUGUUAUUAAACCAUUAGAAUAUACUAGUUUCCUUCCUACAAUAAUAGAGUAGUAGACUACUAGUUUCUUUCUUGUGCUUCAUGAAUAAUGUUACGA